AAUGGUUCCCUUUGGAAGAAAUCCCAAUUUGCAUUUUGCCAUCCAAACGUGUACUAUCUAUAUAUGUAUAAAUCCAUGCAAGUUCAAGUCCCUCGUUCAAAAACAUUUCUUGCCUUCUCUUGGUACGCGGAUACCAAAUAAUAGGAAGCAAACGUUAAGGAGAGAGAAUACAAUGUCCAAUCCUAACAUAACCCGCUCUAAUGAGGAUAACCCACCGUCCAAACCUAACAUGGCCCGCUCUUAUGAGGAUAUCCAGCCGUUGUUUGAUUGGAAACGGGAGGAUGGAUCUGAUACCCUCCUCAUCAGUCUUCCCGGAUUCAAAAAAGAUCAACUGAAGGUCAAUCUGGACCGCUACGGCAUGAUGAAGAUCAGUGGCGAACGCCAGAUCGACGGCAACCAAUGGAGCCGUUUCUCCAAGAACUUCGACGUGCCCGAGAAUUGCAUCCAGAAUAAAAUCUGUGCAAGCUUUGAGAAGGGAUAUCUACGCCUGAACAUGCCGAAAACGGCCACUCAAGCCCAACACACAUGGUGUUCCACACCGGAAAGUUGUAAGUGCAGUGGAGGCGGGUUUUUCUUUGGAUUGAACAUGUCCAGGAAAAUGGUUGUGGGUGUGGUGGUGGCUACUUUGGUUGGGGUGGUACUUGGGAUUUGUGUAGCAUGCAAUGUUAGAUGUUUAGGGAGAUAUGGGAACUGAAAACGGCAUUUCGUUUUCACUGAUUAAGCUGUUUUCUAAUUGGAUUGUACUUUGUCAUACAUGAUCAAUAUCUAAAUAAACUCCACAUUUAAGGGUUUUUAUUU